AUGUUGCAAGUUUCUGACAGUGAAGAAAAGAUUAUCAUCAAGAAACAUGUAAAAGGAAAGUCUAACACUUGCGUAAAGACUCUGCACUGCACACACAUUUCUCGGACCCUCCAUGUCUGGUCUAAAGAACCAAGCCAUAGAGUUUCUACAGCUUCAAGCCUUGGCCUUCUCAGAGUCAUCUUCCAUCAGCUUGAUGUUCUUGACUCGCUCGGCAUUCACAACUUGGCCGAUUUCUUCAUCGCCAAAAAGUUUGGGAAGCUUGACAUCCUGGUGGUGCUGUUGGAUGACUGUAUUCGUCUUCCGCGCACUUGUUUGUCGAAUUCGUCACAGUUUGAUCAUCUGAAAGUUGAUUUUCUAGUACAACAAAGCUGGAGCUUCUGGCAUUGUGCAUCAUUAGGAACGUGUCAAGGUCCCUGGAAAUCAAGGUAG